AACAUUAUUCCAUCAGUCAGUAUGUUCGUGUUCACAGUUUUUGCUGUAAUUUGUAUAACAAAAAGCACAGGCGGUGUAGACAUACAGGAUAGAAGAAAUGAACGUGAAUUGGACGAGGAAGACAAAAGAAUAAACAAAAUAAUACAUACUCUACAAGAUGUCUGCGUAUAUGAAAGACCCGAUCAAAGUGUUGAACAAUUGCUGAAAGAUACAAAUGAUAUUCUUAGUAAUAUUGGAACUUAUAAGGAAGUGGUGAAAAAGCUAAAAAUAUUGAAAAAUGAAAUAAAGUGGAUUAUUGAAGAAUCGAAAGGAUAUAGUGGGAUUUCCAGGAUUACUGAUCUAAUAAAAAAGGAUAUAACACGUACAUGUACUCUCCGAAAAAUUAAAGACUGCAGUGAAAUGAGGGGGAGAAGAAAAACAAGUGGAGUGUAUACCAUUCAUCCUGAAAAAUCUAAAGAAAUCAAGGCCUACUGUGAUAUGUCGACUGACGGUGGUGGAUGGACCGUAGUUCAAAGAAGAAUAGACGGAAAGACGAACUUUGACAGAAAUUGGAUUGAUUACAAGGAAGGGUUUGGUGAUCUACAAAAGGAAUUCUGGCUAGGAAACAAGUAUUUAAACAUUCUUACGACUAGUGGUAAAUACGAACUAAGAGUAGAUCUAACGGACACUAGCAAUAAGAUGACUUAUGCUUUGUAUAAGACAUUUAGUAUAAGUGACGAGAACUCAAAAUACAAGCUUACCAUAGGGGACUAUAGUGGAACUGCAGUUGAUUCAUUGAAAUAUAGCAACGGUAGGAAAUUCAGUACAAAGGAUAGUGAUAGUGAUAUUUAUUCAGGUAACUGUGCUGUCAUUCAUGGCGCUUGGUGGCAUGGCAACUGUAGUAAUUCACUUUUGAACUACGACAUGAAAAAGAACAAACUGUAUUGGCGUGGACAUAAAUAUAUCAAGUCAACUAUGAUGAUUAGAAAAAUAGCAUGAUAAAAUGCAUGAAAGAAUAUAAUAAAAAAAACGUAUGAAA